AUGCGAAUCUUCAACAAUCCGUAUACGAAUUCAGACUCUCCCACCAAUGCGACCUUCCAGCAGGCUGCGGCUUAUCUAGACGGCAACUACGAUGACGAUGGAGACGACCGCGGUAACGACCAUGAUCACGAUCAUGAUGGCGACAAUGGUCAGGGCGACCCAAAACGCCGUCGCAUAGCACGCGCCUGUGAUAUGUGUCGAAAGAAAAAGAUCAAGUGUGAUGGCAAGAUGCCCAAAUGUUCGCAUUGUCAAAACUACAAGACCGAGUGCAUCUUCACCCAGGUGGAAAAGAAGCGUCAACCUCCGAAAGGCGCCAAAUACAUCGAAGGACUAGAAAACAGACUUGCCCGUAUGGAGGGAUUGCUCAAGAUGUCAGGCUUGCUGGGCGAAGACGACGGUGGUAAGACCGAUCUCGGUACACUGGAGAAACGAUUGGCAGACAGACACGCUGCUGGUUCGUCUUUUGCGUCGCCAAUCUCUCCCCACGUCGCUGGCGACGGCUCCACUUCUACUCACCCAACUCCUCCCACCGGACUUACUAGUCCUCAGUCUGGUGCGCCGCUUCGAGAUGGUCAAGCUCAGUCGUCUGAAGAUAAGGACGCCGAGGGAUUGGCAGAUCAGAUGUGCUCAUUAGUCACGAACAAUGCUGGAGAAACACGAUAUAUCGGCUCUUCCUCUGGAUUCUCGAUCUUCUCGCCGAAAGGAAUUCAAUGGGUUAAUGAGAAAACUGGAGAUUCCUCAUUCCGCGACAUGAUCUCCCAGGCAGCUACUGAUGAUAGAGCAUGGGCAACCUGGAAACCAGAAAUCUUUGACGACAUUUUCACUCGCAAAAUCUACAAGCCUCUACCUCCAAAACCCGAGGCUCUGGCCUUGUUACGAGACUUUUUUGAGAAUUUCAACUGUGUGUUCCCAUUGUUUCACGAACCAACUUUCAUGCAUCUGGUCGACAAACACUACUCGCUUGAUCCAUACGAAGGCUCUGGGUGGUGGGCUAGUUUGAAUGUUGCCCUUGCAAUUUCUCACAGGCUUCGUGUGAUGGGUGAAGCUGAUGCGCGAGUCGAGGAUGCCAAAGCUUGGGGCUAUCUGAAGAACGCUCUUGCUGUUUUCUCAGAGCUGACCAUGAGGAACAACGAUCUGCUCAGCGUGCAAGCUUUAUUGGGCAUGGCGCUCUUCAUGCAGGGCACGCCAAACCCACAACCAGGCUUCUUCCUUGUUGCUGCAGCAAUCCGUUUGGCACACAGCAUCGGCCUGCACAAGCGUGGGUCUGACUUCAAUCUCAAUGAGGUUGAGUCCGAGCAACGUAAACGUGUAUUCUGGAUCGGCUAUCUUAUGGACAAAGACAUCUGCCUUCGUUCUGGCAGACCUCCAAUACAAGAUGACGAUGACAUGAAUGUUGAGCUGCCUAGCGAGAAUCCACCAGAUAAUAUCGGCGUCGUACCGAUAGAGAAUGGUAAGGGCAAGGUCAAUCUCUUCCGGAUACAAUGCGUCUUCGCCAUGAUCGAAUCCAAGGUGUACAAAUUACUCUACUCGGUCAAAGCUGCUCGCCAGACAGACGGCGAAUUGCUGAAUACGAUUGGAGACCUCGAUCAGGAGCUAGAGGAGUGGAAAGAUUCUAUACCUCUAGAGUUCCGUCCUGAGCAUGAGAUCAAGAUGGUUGACCAAUCACCACUUAUGCUGCACAUUGUCGUCAUGCACUUUGCGUACUACAACUGCCUGACUACCAUUCAUAGGAUGUCGGUUCACCAUGGAUAUUGGACAUCGCGGCUGUCGAAUUAUGCCAUCGCUGGCUUAAACGCGAGACCGCUAAAUCCUCGUGUCUUCAUGUCCGCUGCCCUUUGUGUCAAUGCAGCGCGAACGUCUAUCUCGUUGGUCAAAUUCAUCCCUAGUCAAGACCAUGCUUGUGUUUGGCUGCUGGUCUACUAUCCUGUAUCUGCACUUGUCACCUUGUUCGCCAACAUUCUACAGAACCCGCAAGAUACUCGGGCGCGCUCUGAUCUGAAGCUCAUGAACUCGAUGACUGAGUUCUUGCAGAUGCUGUGUAACGAAGAUGGCAAUGUACAUUGCCGCAGGAUGGCAUCGAUCUGCAAAGAGUUCGAACGUAUCGCAAGAGUUGUUCUUGACAAAGCUGAGAGAGAUAUCAAAGGUAGAAGCAAGAGAAAGAAUCGUGACAGCGAUUCGACUGGACAGCCCGCACAACCUGUACGAUCAGAAAGCCGAUCAGUAUCUCAGCCUAUACCGCCACAACGGACACCGAACCUGCCUCCAUCCACGCUACCUGGAGCACGAACAACAGCAUCGCCUUCUGUCCGAACAGAUGGACAACUGCAGCACCAACCCUUCCAUCCGUCUCCCAUGGGACAGAUACCAUUCACAACAUCCUCAACUACAUCGUCCUACCAAGCAACUACCAUGGCACCAGAACCAUGGAUGCAGAGUGUUCCACCAGCACCUGACAUGUUUGCCCAACCUGACGGCCGAUUCCCUCCAACAUCGUUCCCGCAAGAAGACUUCAAUAUGCAAGGCUAUGGUAUGGGUCAGCUUGGAGGAGACAUGGGCGGCAGCUUCCAACAGCCUUUCGUGCCGCAAGAUCUAUGGCAGAUGCCAAUGACAUUGGAGUGGGAUUGGGCUGAUUUCUUCGGUACGGGUCCUGGAUUUGAUCUCAAUGAUCCUACUCAAGGUGGACCUCGAUGA